AUGGAUCUCCUGCCAAACUUUUCUACUGCUACUUGGCUACUCCUCAUCCUUUUCUUUAGCCUCCUGAUCCUCUAUGGGAUAUGGCCCUUCCAGGCUUUCAAGAAGCUGGGCAUUCCUGGGCCACAGCCUGUGCCAUUUUUUGGAACUUUGCUGAGGUACAAGGAGGGAGUCCGGAAUUUUGAUGAGAUGUGCUUUAAAACGUAUGGCAAAAUCUGGGGGAUUUUUGAUGGCAGGCAGCCUGUGAUGGCUGUUUUGGACCCUGUGCUUGUCAAAAACAUCCUGGUGAAAGAAUGCUAUUCCAUUUUUACCAACCGCCGGAACUUCCGUCUGAAUGGGCUGCUGGGGUCAGCCCUCAACGUGGCUGAGGACGAGCAGUGGAAAAGGAUUCGUAGUGUGCUGUCUCCAACCUUCACCAGUGGGAAGCUGAAGGAGAUGUUCCCUACUAUUAAACUCCAUGGUGAAAAAUUAGUGAAGAACGUUGAGAAGAAAGUGGCUAACGAUGAGUUUGUGGCUGUGAAGGACCUUUUUGGAGCCUACAGCAUGGAUGUGGUGACCAGUACUUCCUUCAGUGUGAAUAUUGACUCCAUGAGCAACCCCAGUGACCCCUUUGUCACCAACAUUAAGAAAUUUCUCAAAUUCAGUUUCCUGCACCCCCUGUUCAUGGUCUUAGUGUUGUUCCCCUUUGUUACCCCAGUGCUGGAAAAGAUGAAUGCAACUCUGUUACCCUCAGAGGUCAUGGAAUUCUUCAAGGGUGUCUUCACAAAAAUGAAGAAGGAAAGAGAAAAGGGCAGCACCAUGGACAGGGUUGAUUUCCUGCAACUCAUGAUUGACUCCCAGAACUCCCAAGACAGCUCCAAGCCUGAUGAGGCAGACUUCUACAAAACAUUAAGUGAUGAGGAGAUUCUGGCCCAAGCUCUUGUCUUUGUCUUUGCUGGUUAUGAGACCACCAGCUCCACCCUGAGCUACAUCUCAUACAACCUGGCCACCCACCCUGAUGUACAGCAGCAGCUCCAGGACGAGAUCGAUGCCAACCUGCCUAACAAGGCUACCCCGACGUACAGCAGCCUGAUGCAGAUGGAGUACCUGGAUAUGGUGGUGAACGAAUCCCUCCGGCUCUUCCCUGCUGGGGGCCGGAUCGAGAGGGUCUGCAAGCAGACAGUGGAGAUCAACGGAGUGACCAUCCCAAAGGGCAUGGUGGUGAUGAUCCCAGCCCACGUGCUGCAUCGUCACCCGGAGUACUGGCCAGAGCCGGAGGAGUUCAGGCCUGAGAGGUUCAGUAAAGAGAACAAAGAGUCUAUUGACCCCUACACCUUCCUGCCAUUUGGGGCUGGCCCCAGGAACUGCAUAGGAAUGAGGUUUGCUCUGAUCAUCGUGAAAAUGGCUGUGGUUGUCCUGUUGCAAAACUUCUCCUUCAGAACCUGCAAAGACACUCCGAUCCCGCUUGUUCUGGACACAAAAGGUUUCAUACAGCCAAAGGAUCCCAUUGUCCUGAAGAUGGUCCCUAGAUCCCAUGCUGAUGUGGAGAAGUGA